AUGAAGCCGAGAAACUAAGCCCGGAAAACUUAGCCCAGUCAAAGCGCCUCCCUCGCCGCCAGCAACCAUGGCCGCCGCCGGCGAAGCCUCCACCACGGUCCUCCGCUUCUUCUCCUUCAUCGGUGCCGGAGUGAUCUGCACCAAGGCCAUCAACAUGUAUCUCGAUUACGAGCGCAAGCAGGAGGCGGCCGCCGAGGCAGAAGCAGCGGCCAUCGCCGCCUCCGCCUCUCCCUCCACCACCGCGGUAGUAGCAGCCGACGCGUCUCCGGCGAGCACAGUUGCGGCCGCGAAGCCCUGACCUCCGAGCACGCCCUGUCUCUGAUGGUUAGGGUUCUCGCGAUGUUGCUACUCGCGAAAGGGGGAAAUUAGUAGUAUCUGUUAUUUUGUUAUAUGUAACUUAUUGUAACUGACAUGAAGCAAUAGGCAUCCCUUCUUUCCCAUGUGAAAUUGUGAAUGCUGCGAGCUUGAACUCACCUGCUCAACUGCUAUCUGAUGAAGAAUAAUACUACUAUUACACUUUUAUUUA